GCUUGACGGCUCUUCAUAAAGCUGUCAUGUGCGGACAUGUACAAUCCAUAGUGACGUUGGUGGCUUGGGGUGCCAAUGUACAUACACCCGAUAAGAAAGACUUUUACGCUCUGGAGUAUGCCAUUAAGAACAAGGCCGUGGAGAUAGUGGACUUACUGUGUCAGUUUGGGACAGAACCGCUACUUAAAGAUUGGGAUUGGUUAACCAUGCCAGGGAUCUUGAAAAGAAAGAAAGACUAUGAAAUGGGGUUGAUAAUACAAAAGCAAUGCAGACUGUUCCCAGGCUAUAAACAUAAGUAUGAUAAGACUUUGAAAGAAUUAAAACAUCUUUUAUACGUUAUAUAUUAUCCUUGUAUACAGUGACGUAAUGUACACCCGCACGUGCAACCUAGUUAGAUAAUGUACUACACAGAAUACGUUUUAUAUAAAACUAUACGGAGAUAUAUACAGAAUUGUAUGAUUGUAUAUCAUAUCACCUAUGAAAUACUGGUUAUACUGUAUCAAGUGUAGGGCAAGUUCUCCUACAUUUCUGAAAGAGUUUUGCAAUCUCAAUAGACCAAACAUAGCUGCCACCAGGUCUUGU